UGUGGAAAAAACGACGUGUGAUGGGAGAGGUGAAGGGAGAAUGACCAGACUGAUUAAUAACUGAAAAUCAUCUCAGAAUGCAUUACACAUAAAACCUCAGAUGAUUUCACUUCACUACACUUCACUUUCACUACAGCUGCAGUGGAAUUUCAUCUUUAUUUUCUGUGUGUGUAAUGCGGGAAUUUCUGUAUCUUAACUUCCUUAUAUAGAUAAGAAUGCAGUUGUAAGAGUUGUGCUACUUUAGUGAAAGGUGAAAGCGAAAGAAUUAACAUAGAACACAGUUCUGGCAGUGAAAGAUAAGUUGAAAAGAGGUAGGAGGUGGAUUAAAGCCCCAACCAAGAAAAGGCAGAAGAAACAGAAUGGCUUAUUCAGCUUACUAUACACAUGACUCCAAGAACCUCCUGUAUCAAGCAUCGUUGUUGUGUUCAACCUGUCUGGAGGUCUUCACUGAUCCAGUCACGACUCCAUGUGGACACAAUUUCUGCAAGAGCUGCCUUACACAAUUCUGGAACAAAUGUGAAAUCUGCUGUUGUCCAUCAUGCAAAGAGGAAUUCACCAAAAGACCAGAAGUCAAAAUUAACACAUCUCUAAGUGAGAUUAUCGAGCACUUUAAGAAGAAAAAUACUCUUAGUGAAACUGAUGUUCUAUGUGACAUUUGCAAUGUAAAUAAGCAGAAGGCUCUAAAAUCCUGCCUGGAUUGUGGGAUGACUUUUUGUAUGUCUCAUCUAGAGCCUCAUACUCACGUUGAAAAACUUCUAAAACACAAAUUAAUAAACCCUUUGAAGAACUUGGCAGACUACAUUUGCAAAAAGCAUCAGAGACCGCUGGAGAUGUUCUGUAAAGACGAUCAGAUGUUCUUGUGCGAGUUCUGCGUUGAAGUGGGUCACAGGAAUCACACAGUCAGUAAUUUAGAGGACGAGACUGGACAGAGGAAGACUCAGCUGGAAAACUCAAGAAAAGAAGUGCAGCACAUGAUCCGGGACCGACUGGAGAAGAUUCAAGAAAUCAAGAACAGAGUAGAACUUUGCAGAACAAUCACAGUGACCGAGAACAAAGACGGCAUCGAAGUCUUCUCUGCACUGGUCGAUUACAUACAUACAAGUCAAUCUGUGCUGUGCGAACUAACAGAGAAGAAGCAAAAAUUAGUGGAAAAUCAGGCUGAAGAACUCAUUAAAGACCUGCAGCAGGAAAUCACAGUGCUAAAGAGGAGAGCUAGUGAACUGGAGCAGAUCUUAAACAAUGAGGAUCAUCUCCAUCUCCUAAAGAUUUACUCAUCUGUGCACAGACCUCCAUCAACCAAAGACUGGACAGACAUCAGUCUAAACACUGGUCUAAGUGUGAGUAGUCUGUGGGAUGCUCUGACUAACCUCUUGGAAACUCUGUCUCAGUCACUUGGAGACAUAGAUCUGAGGAGGAUUCAGCUGUAUGCAGUGGAUAUAACUCUGGAUCCUGACACAGCCCAUCCCAAUCUCUUCCUGUCUUGUGAUCAAAAGCAAGUGAGAUAUGGAGACACAGCACAAAAUCUCCCUGACAAUCCCCAAAGGUUUACUUAUUUCUACAUGGUCCUGGGAAAGCAGGGUUUCUCUUCAGGGAGAUUUUACUUUGAGGUGCAGGUCAAUAGGAAGACUAUGUGGACUUUAGGAGUGGUCAGUGAGUCCGCUAAUAGGAAGGUGGACCUAAUGAUGGCACCUGAAAAUGGGUUCUGGACUAUGGCUGGGAGGAAUGGGAAUGAGUGCUAUGUUUUUGAAGGUACUAAGAUCCUGAUCUCACAGGGAAAGACACCACAGAAGGUGGGAGUGUUUGUUGAUUAUGAGGAGGGUCUGGUUUCAUUUCAUGAUGUAGAGGCCAGGUGUCAUAUAUUCUCUUUCACUGGUCAGUUGUUUACUGACAAACUCUAUCCAUUCAUCAAUCCUGGGUUAGAUGACAAUGGAAACAAUUCAGCACCACUGAUCAUCUCUAGUGUACUAUAAAUUAAAUCUUUUUUUUUCUUCAUGAAAUGAAAAUAAACACAUAAUUACUGUAUGCUUUUCCAUUCCUGAUAAUUUUUAGUUGUUGGGUGUUGGUUAAUUUUAAAUGACAGCAGUAAAAGCAGUAGUAGUACUAGUUCUGGUUGUGAUUUCUAUAAAAUAGUAAAUAAAUCAGAGGUAAAGAUGUUUUCUACUUUCUCUGUAAUAUGAAAAAUAAUAAUGGCUUAUUAACUGGUGAGGGAGCGACUGAUAAAGAGCUAACUAGAUUAACAGUUUUUUAAGAGAAAUAAAUGCUUCAGGAUGUGAUGUUAUUGGAAAAUAAUUAACUUUGAAGUGGUGACAGUAAAUGUGCUUCACAUCAGGUGGCAUUACACCAACACAUUGUUGAUUAUUUUCCGUAUACGAUUGGUAUAAAAAAUACUUUGUUCUAUAAUAAUCUUUUCAAUA